UGUAGUGUUACUGUGUACCGCCGUGACAUGAUGCAGUGUAGCAAUCAGCUUUGCUUAUGAGCCAGCGCGGAAUAUACUUCAUGGUGCGUCUACAAUAUAUUAUCUGGAGAAGAGUGUUUGUUAAAGCGGAGGAAUCAAUGUAUCUUGGUCCCUGAAUGGUCCCCAGUGCACCCUGCUCGACUGCCCACCACGUGCCCAUGGCGUCCAGCUGACCCCACCCCUGCAGGAUGACGGUGCGAGAGCGUCUUCGGGAGAGCAUCUCGGCUGCCUUCUACCGGCACGGCCUGCUCUGCGCCUCCUACCCCGUGCCCAUCAUCCUCUUCACGUCCGCGAGCAUCCUCACCUGCUGUUACCCACUGCUGAAGCUGCCCCUGCCUGGCACAGGGCCUGAGAAGUUCACCACCGGCCUGCGAGACUACAUCGUCCCCUCCCAUGAGCCGCAGGGAGACUUGGGGGAGCGGCCAGAGUGGUAUCGAGGGCCUCCCGUGGCCUACAUCCAGCAGGUCCUGGUCAAGGCUGCCGUUUCCCCCUGGGACAACACCCUAGUGCCGGUGGACGUGUUCCGCUCCCCCCUGGGCCGUGUGUUCAGCCUGCUGGAGGAGAUCCGGAACCAUGUGUACUCAGACAGCUCGGGUGUCCGCAGCCUUGAGGUGCUUUGUCUGCAGGUGACUGACCUGUUGCCAGGGUUACGACGCAUGCGGGCAGUCCUGCCUGAACACGGCUGCCUGUUGGUCUCCCCUGGCAACUAUUGGCAGAACCAGCAGGAUUUAUUUGACUCGGACCCUGACCUCCUGAAGACUGUCCAAAAGCAUGAACCCAAAGUCCUCCACACCUCUGCUACCCUGAGAGACCUGCUGUUCGGCGUGCCAGGGAAGCACACGGGAGUCAGUCUGGACGGAAGGAAGCGUGCGGUCACCUACACCAUCACCAUAGCGCUCAGUCACUAUGACGCCCGGUUCCUGAGUAGCCUCCGUGCCCGGCUGAAGCAGCUGCAUCCUUCUGUGAACUGCAGCCUGCGUGAUGACCACCUGCUGCACGUCCACUUCAAAGAGGAGAUCGGCAUCGCUGAGCUCAUCCCACUGGUCACCACCUACAUCAUCCUCUUCGCCUACAUCUACUUCUCCACCCGUAAGAUUGACAUGGUGAAAUCCAAAUGGGGUCUGGCCCUUGCUGCCGUGGUUACCGUGCUCAGCUCUCUGCUCAUGUCAGUGGGCCUCUGCACCCUCUUUGGCCUGACGCCCACCCUCAACGGAGGAGAGAUCUUUCCCUAUCUUGUGGUGGUCAUUGGGUUGGAGAAUGUACUGGUCCUAACCAAGUCUGUGGUGUCCACCCCUGUUGAUCUGGAGGUGAAACUACGCAUUGCCCAAGGUCUGAGCAAUGAGAGCUGGUCCAUCAUGAAGAACAUGGCUACAGAGCUUGGCAUCAUCCUCAUCGGAUAUUUUACUCUAGUGCCCGCCAUCCAGGAGUUCUGUCUGUUUGCUGUGGUUGGCCUGGUGUCAGAUUUCUUCCUGCAGAUGUUCUUCUUCACCACAAUUCUCUCCAUCGAUAUUCGUCGCAUGGAGCUGGCUGACCUGAACAGACGUCUCCCGGCCGAGGCGGGCAUGCCCCCUUCCAAACCUGGCCCUUUGCGUCCCCGAGAGACGCCCCCUCCCCCGCGGCCCUCCCCCCACACCAUCACACUCCAGACGCCUGCCUUCCGGAACCUUCGGCUGCCCAAGAGGUUGCGGGUGGUGUACUUCCUGGCUCGCACGCGCCUGGCCCAGCGGAUCAUUAUGGUGGGCACGGUCAUUUGGAUUGGGAUCCUCGUCUACACUGACCCUGCCGGCCUGAGGACCUAUUUGGCCGCCCAGGUGUCCGAGCAGAGCCCCCUCGGAGAGCCUGGCCUGCCCCCCCACCUCGGAGUGGCCCCCGUCUUCCCAGGAGGCGACCCCACCAGCACUCUGAGCGUGCUACCCGCCCCCGAGCCCACCCCCAUCCCCGAGAACCAAUCGCACGGCCACGGCAGCCACGACGGCCGCAGCCCCCAGAUCACGUGGGGCCCGGAGGACGAGGAGGGCUGGAGGAGACUGUCCUACCGCCACUGGCCCUCUCUCUUCAGCUACUACAACAUCACGCUAGCCAAGAAGUACAUCAGCAUCCUUCCGGUCAUCCCUGUCACGCUGCACGUCACACCUCAAGAGGCUAUCGAAAUGCGUCACCCCCAGGACACGCGUCACGCCCCUCCCCCGCACCCUAGGGCCCCCGACCUGCAAACGGACCUCACCCUUUACAAAGUGGCAGCUCUGGGUCUGUUUGCAGGGGUGGUCCUCGUCCUGCUGCUCUUCUGUCUGUACCGUGUGCUCUGCCCACGGAACUACGGUCAGAACGGGGUGCCGCACGGGAGACGGCGGCGUGGAGAGCUGCCCUGCGACGAGUACGGCUACUCUCCACCCAUCAGCGAGAUCUCACCACUGCUGCUGAGAGGACACAGCAUGGACAUCGAGUGUCUGGCUAGCGACGGAAUGCUGCUGGCCAGCUGUUGCCUGGCAGGACAGAUCCGCGUGUGGGACGCCCAGACAGGAGACUGCCUCACAGUCAUCUCCAACAACGGGCUCCGUCGCAGCAGUAGCAAUGGUGGCUGGGAGCAGCGUGAUGGCUGGGACUCGCUGUGUGGCCCCGAGCCGGACAGCCUGUGCAGGAUGGACGUGAGGGAGGUGUGGGCCGGCACCGACGCGGACGGCUUUCCCCUCAGGCGGCGGGUCACACCGUCCCGGCCGGCCCUGUUCGGAGACCAGCCCGACCUGACGCCGCUCAUCGACACCAACUUCGGCGACAUGCCGCCCUCGCAGGAGCAUCCGGCGGCCGGCUACAACUUCGGGGAGCUGGUGGAGAAGGCGUACCAGGAGCACGAGCCCUCGCCGCCUCUGACCUACACGCCGGUGGGCACUCCCCCGCAGCACCACCACCACCACCACCACCACCACCACCACCACCUCCACCAGCGGCGCCGCAGCCUGGGCGACCAGCCCACCCUGACCCCGGAGCGCCCAGCGGCCGGACCCCCUGACUGGGACAGCUCCGUGUGGGCCAUGGAGCUCAGGGGCAACCUGAUCGCCGCAGGGAGGAGCAGUGGAAAGCUAGAGCUGUGGGACGCAGUGGAGGGCUCCUUGAGAUGCAGGAACGAGGAUGGAGUUUCAGGGAUUACCGCACUGGCCUUCCUCAACAACAGGAUUGUAGCAGCCCGGUUGAAUGGAUCUCUGGAUUUCUUCACCGUGGACAUUAACAAGCCUCAUGGCUUGCUUCAGUAUCGUGGUCCCCCUGGGCGUGGCAGUCUGCCCCCCUCGCCGUGUUACAGCAGUGAGGACGUGAUCAGCUGCCAGCUGACGCGCUCGGUGCAGUGUGCCCACCAGAAGCCCAUCACUGUGCUCAAAGCCGCCGCUGGCAGGGUGGUCACGGGCAGCCAGGACCACACAGUCAGGGUGUACCGUCUGGAGGAUUCCUGCUGUCUCUUCACCCUGCAGGGCCAUUCUGGAGGCAUCACUGCCAUCUACAUAGACCAGACCAUGGUUCUGGCCAGUGGGGGGCAGGAUGGAGCCAUCUGUUUGUGGGAUGUCCUGACAGGAAGCCGGGUGAGUCAUGUCUACGGUCACCGUGGUGACGUGACCUCACUGGUGUGCACAACUUCCUGUGUGAUCAGCAGUGGGCUGGACGACCUCAUCUGCAUCUGGGACCGUAGCACUGGCAUCAAGCUCUACUCCAUUCAGCAGGAGGUGGGCUGUGGGGCCAGUCUGGGGGUGAUCUCAGAGAGCCUGCUGGUGACGGGCGGUCAGGGCUGCGUCUCCUUCUGGGACCUGAACUUUGGGGACCUGCUGCAGACGGUGUACCUGGGCCAGAGCAGCGAGGGCCAGAGUGUCCGGCAGCUGCUGGUGCUGGACAACGCCGCCAUCGUCUGCGACUUUGGCAGCGAGCUCAGCCUCGUCUACGUGCCCUCCGUACUGGAGAAGCUGGACUGAGCGCGUUCAGGAGGAACGCGAGAGGACGGCGAGAGGGACCUCUCUCGGGCCGGAGGACUUGCCACGGCCUGACUGCACUGAUGACGCCGUCUCUCGCUCUCGCUUUUUUUUAAAACCCGUCUGUCUUUUUCUCUGUCUGAUUCUCUCAGCUGCGGUUUGAGCUUUCACUUGUUUGUUUUUUUUAACACUUCAGAUGCGACUUUCCUCUCCUCUCUCCUCCACUUCUUUGGUCCCGUCAUCCACCUGUAAUCCAGGGGCAGGGGAGGGGAGGCCAUGUGUGUUCGUGUAGCACUCGUCCUCUGCUGUCUCCAUACGUGGACACACAGGCGGAUGAGUAGUCGGCAGUCUGUCCAGGGCAGAAGGACGGACUCUUUCUCCACAGAGGGGCUCUCUCUUUGGAGCAGGAAUGCCUUGGGUGGAGGGUUCUUUUUUCUUUUUUUUCUCUGCUGGCCUCUAGCAGUUUUGUAUUUUUCUGGUAGAACGUGGACUUCUUCCAGCAGAAUGUGUUUCUACUCCUCAGAGGAUGCUGCUGCUGCUGCUGCUGCUGCAUGUUGAUCUCGUGUGGGCACCAUGUAGGCCAGCCAGAAGGGUCGUCUCGGCAGAGUGGAGCAGCAGCCUGUCCUCCGUGUCACCUACCCACGGCUGGGAGCGCUGUGCAGCUGUAUGCCCAAGGACAGCAGUCACUAGCACCAGGGUGAAUGGGAUAAAGGUGUGUGUCUGUGCGUGUGUGUGUGUGCGUGUGUGUGAGUGAGAUGAGUUGAAGGUAAUAGUGCUUGGUGAAAAAUGAAAUACGAAGAGACUGCUGAUGAACAUAAUCUAGAGCUAUAUUGUUUGAGUGGUGUGCGGAUGUGGUGUUGAAAGAUACUGUAAUCAUUGAUACCUCCAGGGGGGGUUGUUAGUUCUUCUUUUUUAAAUGUUUAAAUCUAUUAUUUAUUAGUGAUGGAUUUAUAAACAAUUUUAACACAAUUUGUAUGAAACUGUACUAAACUUGACCCUUUGCCUCUUGCAUAAUAAUUUAUGGAGACGAGGUCCGGAUUGUCGAGGUAAAAAUCGAAUCUUUAAUUGAUGAACUUGAAGAUCUAAUAAUAAUAAUAUGACUAUACAUAUUAAAUGAAUAUUAACAGGAGCUGAGAGUGUAGAUUAAAGGUGAGAGAGGGUCUUUAUUGUCGGUGGGUGCUUGACACCUCCACCCCAUGUAGCUGUACUCCUGGGAACCCCAGCCCAGAGUCUUGAUUCAGUGGACAUGUACAGAGUAUAUUUGUGCUGGUGAUGUCCGUCAUCACAAUAUGUUUGCGUCGGUCACCUUUAAGCUGACCUCUAUAUCAUUGCUAAUCCUUCCUUCCAUGUUUGUUGGUGGGAGGCCUGCCGAAACACUGGCUGUCCAUGUGCGCUUUAGACAAUGACUGUAGCUGUUAUCGAGGGAUUGGCCAUUUUAUUUUUCCAUGUUUGUAGAAUGGCUCAUCCUGAUCCCUUGCCAACUUCCUUUUACUUUGGCUGAUUGGAAGGAUGGGCCAGUGCAGUCCAGCAGUGUACAGAGGUCAACUGUAGCAGCUGCUGUUCCAAGAGAAUUGGGUCUGUCGUGGAACUGUGGACAGGGACCAGAUGAGAGUGUUACUGUAUUUUAUGUUUAAGGGAAGCAACAAGUCUGAUGGUUUUGAGACGACUGGUCUGGACCAGGUGAAGGCAGCAGAAGCCAGUUUAAUUCUUGUCUCUGUCGUUAAGUCCACGUGAGCUGACUGGCUCAUGAGAGGAUGUUUCUAGAGACGUUCUAGAGAGCAGCAGACCCAUCUCUUUAGGCCCUCUCCUCAUCCAGAAAACAAACCGCAUAUGGAGAAUGUACAACUGCAGUCGGUUCUGCAGCCACACAAACACACAUCCACAUUCUCACGCCACACAUACAAACGUCUCACUUAACACGCACACUCAAAACACUAACACACACAUUAACAUUUGCACAUUCUAUCCAUCUAUGUAAGUGGAGACAUUAAGACACUAAUACAUAAUUAUUACACAUAUUCUCAAAUGCCAUUUAUCCACAUUCUUCUGGUCCUCAAAGGAUCACAAAAAUAGUUAUUUAAAGCACCUUUGAAAACUAUUCAAUUGUAUCCAUGGUUGUUUGGAUGCUUAGUUGUGCACAACAGCUUGGUAGACAACCACAAAGGUUUACUUUACAAGGAUUUGAUUGGUUUGGAAAGCAAAAACACCCAUACAAGCAAGUAGGAACGCACAGAACAGACCGCAACGUCUAUUGUAAUUUAUUAGCUUUUUUCAAUGUAAAUAGUGACUGAGAAAGCUUUAGAUUUUUUUGUAGAUUUUUUUUAUUAGUAUAAAUUAUUUGUUUUUGUUUUUUUUCUCAAGGUUCUCCAAACCACAGAAAUGAUGGUUGAAAUGUGAAUUAUAAUCUUGGUAGUGGGGGUGGGACAGUGGCACUUUUUGUCAUCUUCCCCUGUUGGUCUCUUUUAGUGUUGUGAAGAAUGCUGUCCAAAUUCUCUCAGUGACUGGACCUCUGACAGUCAAGUAGCAUGUAGUCAGAUUUAGCCUUACAGAUUUGCUCCCGAUAACCAGCACCACCUGAAUCCAGCCAACCCAUAGCAUUCCUUAGAUGUUUUUGGUUAUUAGAUUUGUGGCACACAAUCAGAAUCCUCUUAGCCCAGUGCCCUGCAGAUAACUGGUUUGUGUGUGUCGGUGGUAACUGGCUAACACGCUUCCUCGUGCUGGGCUGACUAUUCAAUGGAGUGGGCCACCGAGCGGGUCUGAAUGAGAUGCCUGCGGUGAGAUACCUGUGGAGUUAACUGACCCGGCAUCUGGUUUCAUAGGCUCAUUAUGGGACAUAAGUACAAUGCAGUGCAUAGAUCCUGUCCAUGUAAGGGACCAUGUCAUUGUCACAAGCUUUAAGCUGCACUGUUUUCUUUGUUUUUCUUUUUCCUGGUUUGUUCAUCUACAGAUGAAGGUUGUUCAAGUUGAUUAGAACGAAAAGGAUGUUUAUCCACCACUUUGUUUCUUGUGUAAAAAUCCCUCUCUGGAGAGGCCAUUUCAGGGUAUCCCCACAUCCACGUGUGGUGUCUGACCACCAGGUGGCCAGUCAUGGCUCACAGGCAUAGCUCACUCAGGUUCAAUCAAUACCCUGUAGUCAGUAUUCACUGAAUCCAGUAAUAGGACCCAGGCUCAUUAUGUGGACGGUCUGACAAGUAGUGGCUACAGCCACUGUACACAAGGACUUGGGCAUGCAUACCUUAGUGAUACAUAGAGAUGCUUCGGAUCAUCUCAUCACUUCAGUAUCAAUUUUGGCCAAUGUGGGCACCAUUUAUGACGCAUCAGCUUUUGAGCUGUUCUACUUUCCUACUGUAGGUGUACAAUGGGUACAUCUACCUUUUUCCAAGUCAAAGAAAAAUUGGCAGCUUGACCGGAAUAUUGAGCCUAUAACUUACUGCUGGCAAAAAUAAUCACAAUCUUCUAAGGUGAAGAUUAAUACACAGAACUUUGUAAAGAGUUGGAUCAACCCUAGAAGACUUUAGACCGGACCUUUACUGGCAGGGGAGUUCUUCUUUCAUAACCUAUCAAGUUUGAUUGUGUUGAGCAUUCGGGGAGAUAAAACACGGUUGCACUGCAGACCUAUGGGGGUUGAUGGAGAAUGUUUCCCAGGGGAGGGACAGGGAGAGAGAAAGAGAGAGAGAGCGAGAGACUGGGUGCACAUUUUUAUUUUGCUGUGUGUGACUGAGGCUUGGUGUGAUUCCCUCCCCGUCCCAUUGCUACAGAGUGGCAGGAGAACUUUAGAGGAUGUAACUAAUAAUGCUCUGUACUAUUUUUAACACAGGAAGAAGACUUUGUACUAAUUUACAAAUAAAAAGGCUUUGAUACCUUAA